AAUUCGAAUCAGGAUCCUCUCCUGCGAUUUACGUACAGCGUCUCUCCAUCAGCAUCUCAAUCGUCCAUUUUCUUAUACAUCCAACGGUUAUAAAUAAAAAUUUAUUUUCGAGUGCAGCAAUUUCAGGAUCCUGAUUCUCUCUCAUCACUGCCUUCUUUACAUGUCGUUGCUAGCGAUUUCUCAGGAUGAUUUUCCAUCUUUGAAAGUAUACAAUGAUUACAAGGAGGAAGUAGAGGUCAUGAUCCUUUACUUGACUGAAGGAAUAGAUGUUGCUGCUAUUGAGGAAAAGAUUGCUAAAUACCAGGAAGAAAAUGCUGAACAAAUAAAUAUUAAUCAUGCCCGAGAGGCUGAAGAAUUAGCUGCAGCUUUAGCAUCAUGCAAGGGACAACCUCAUUGAGAUUUCC